AUGGGCCUGAUUCAAGUCCCAAGUAAGGAAUUUAAAGAGAAUCAAGAUGGUGCUUCCUCAUCUAGUAGGGACGUUUUAGUGGAAUCAGACAUUUCAGGCCCAUCAUUUUCCUCAAGUACUCUUCAGGUCCUGACAGUUCCUAAUGGACAGGGACAGAGACUAAUUGAUUCACAAGACCAAAUUGUUGAAGAGGGCUGCCACCUGAACCAUUCAAUUGAAGAUGAUCUAGAACAACCAGAGAAUAUACCUUGCUUGGACCUGGGCCCUUCAAUGGUUUCAUGUUCACUUCCUAUUCAAGGUGGUUUACACACUCUAACUCAUAUGGAGUCCUCUGCUUUAACAUCGGUCUCUAAGAUAGUUUUGGUCUCAGCUACCUCUCAAGACUGUACAUCAACACCACCUUCCACAGUGGUGAUUGAAGAGCUCCAUGCCGAUGAUAACCUCAAUUUAAGCCCACCAAGGAGCAAAAGAAGAGGCCAAAGCCCACCAAGCCUCAUCAUUCAAGGUCUAAAAAAACUAUGCAUCUCCUCUAACAGGGGUCUUCCUGUCCCAGACUCUCCUAAGUUUUUGACAUGGCACUCUCCUAAGUACUUCUUCAUAUUUCCCCUUCUCCGGAUGGUUGGUUUUCAGGGUACACAAAGAAUGCUUCUGUGUGGAAAGCUUUCCCUUUCAGACUUGAUACCUCCACUUUACAAGGAGCUAAGUUUAGUGAUUGGUUUGAUUAUCUUCUUAUCAGAUUUAAAGAGGUUCCGGACCAACAAGACUGGCAUAUUCAAUGUGUUAUCAUCAGUCCGGGGACACAUGGUCAUACCGGCGUCAGAGUCAUUGGCUAUCUCUUAUUACCAAAAGAGAUGCCCCCAAGCAGAGUCCAUUAUCUAUAGAAAAGUGAAUCAAUGGAUUAACAGUGAUUACACCCUUGGGGGUGCCAUUCUCAGGCUCCACUUCCACGACUGUGCCGUUAGGGGAUGUGAUGCUUCUAUUCUGCUAAACCACACAGGGAGUGAGAGGCAUGCACCAAAUAGCCAGACUUUGAGAGGCUUUGCAUUGAUAGAUGACAUCAAAGCAGAGCUUGAGAAGAUAUGCCCCAAGACUGUGUCUUGUGCGGAUAUUCUCACAGCUGCAGCAAGGGAUGCCACUGUCAAGCUUGGUGGUCCUUUCUGGGAGGUUCCCAUGGGCAGGAAGGAUGGGUUGGUUUCCAUUGCCAAGGAAGCCGAUGUAGUUCCUAUGGGGCAUGAAAGUGUCACUCAACUCAUCGAGUUCUGCCAAGCUCGUGGCUUGAAUAUAGUUGAUUUGGUUGUUCUCUCAGGGGCACACACCAUUGGAAGGAGUACCUGUGGUUCACUACAAUACAGGCUCUAUAACUUCAAUGGAACUGGAAAGCCUGAUCCAUCCAUUGACUGGAAGUAUCUCAACUUCUUGAGAAGAAAAUGCAGAUGGGCAUCAGAAUUUGUCGACCUUGAUGCUACUACCCCAACAAAGUUCGAUGCCAUGUACUACACAAAUCUUGAGAAGAAGAUGGGAUUGUUAGCCACAGAUCAAAAGCUGUUCGUUGAUGCAAGGACUCAACCUCUUGUUACCACAUUGGCUAAUCAACCCUAUAUGUUCACCUCUCAGUUUGCUGUGUCCAUGGUGAACCUGGGAAAUGUCCAAGUUCUCACAGGGAUUCAUGAAGGAGAAAUUAGAGAGAAUUGCAAUUUGCUCAAUCCUCGUCCUCAUCGUCCAUCUCUUCCUCAUCCUCAUGGGCUCAAAUUUCCUUAA